AUGCCUUUCGUGGAACUGGAUACCAACUUGUCCGCUGAUUGCUUGCCUGUGGGGCUGGAGAAAAAGCUGUGCGCGGCUGCCACCGCCAUCCUGAACAAACCCGAGGAGCAUGUGAACAUGACAGUUCGGUCCGGCCUGGCCAUGACAGUGAACGGCUCUGCAGAGCCCUGUGUCCAACUACUGGUGUCCUCCAUCGGCGUGGUGGGCGCGGCAGAGGAGAACCGAGGCCACAGCAGUUGCUUCUUCCAGUUUCUCACUAAGGAGCUGGCCCUGGACCAGGACCGGAUCGUUAUCCACUUCUACCCCUUGGAGCCCUGGCAGAUUGGCAAGAAGGGGACAGUCAUGACCUUCUUAUGA